AAGCUGGCUAGGUGAAGCUAACUCUUAGCUAGGUGAAGCUAACUGUUAGCUAGGUGAGCUAACUGUUAGCUGUGGAGCUAACCUGGUUCUGUAAAUCCACCUGCAGGUUUUUCACAGUUUAAACGUUAAUAAAGAGCUUUGAAUCCACCUGAACCAGCAGAACAAACCUCGGUGUUCUUGUCUUUUCUUGCUUCAUUUGUCGGUGUGUCGAUAAAUCUGCACGAUACUGGAACAACUGAGAGAAAACAUUUAGCUUUUCUCUGCUACAUGUUGGUAAAAUGCAGGAAUCUUCAGGAGGUGAGUUCAAUAACUGUCUGGGAAACAUCAGUCAUUCCAGAAGGAUAUUUUUCGGGGAGUGCAUCUGCAGAGGAAAUAAAAAAUAAUUUAAAAAAGAAGUUUGGAAUCUUCUAUGGUUUAACGUUGACAACAACAACAGGGUUUGUUUUUCAAGAACGAAACUAUCAGAGAAACUGUUUCUGGUUCUUUGUCCAUCUAAAUUAUUUCCAUUCAGCUGAUGAGGGCUGCACCACUAACAACAAUAUCAGAAUUAUUCUUAGAAUUUAUUUUGACAUCACUAUUAUUCACCAUUUAUUGAUUUUAGAGUGUUUUAAACAGACUUUUACUUUCAUGUUGAGCUACAUUCCUGCUAAUAAACAAACAGAAAAUAAUUUUAAUUUGAAUCAGAGCGUCUCUGAAAGGUUAAAUAAAAAUCAGUAGGAACAGAACCUGAACAUCUGCUUAUCUGCAGACACCGCAGUUUCUCUAAACGCCUCACAGUCAUCAGCAGCUGCUGCAUUUUCCAGAUGUUCCCUAAACGCCUCACAGUCUCUGUGGCCAGAGAAACUGCUAGUCUCCAUCAGUGAAAUUAAGCUGAGACCAGGAAACGCUGCGAGCGUUUCUCCACAGCCUCCUGCCAUGUCUCACAACUACCCAUACAGACGGUCUGACACCGACCUCCGUCCUGAUCCUGGACCUUACAGCUCUGCAGACCGCCGACACCCAUCCAGCGACUUUUACAGGCCUCAGGAGUCCUUCUCCUACCCGUCGUCUUCCUCCUCCUCCUCCAGGGCGGCGCUGCAGCCGGCGGCGUCGCAGGACGGCGUUCUGAGCAUCCUGAGCAGCUGCGGUCUGGAACCUGAAGAUCUGGCUCUGCUGGCCAAGCUGCCGGAGGACGUCCUGACCGUCGAGUCACUGCCGCACAUCCUCAAACAGAUCAAAGGCAAAAGAGGCAGCGUCAACCUUUUCCCAUCUAGCGCUCCAUCAUCAUCAUCAUCAUCCUCUUACCUCGCAGGCUCCGCCCACCGACCCCCCAGCACCUUAGACUGGGACCAGCCCCACAGCCAGCCGGUCCAGUACCCGCUGCACCUCAUAUCGUCCACUUCUCUUCCAUCUAAUCAGGACCACUGGGGCACUUCCAGGACCCGCAGAGCAGACGCUCCAUCAUCCUCAUCUUCAUCCUCAGGCUUCUCGGUGGACUACCACCACAGACCAGGCCCCUCUGACUAUGGUAAGACUGGUCCAGGUCCCUCUAAGGACCGCCCCUCUUUCAGCCCAGCAGAGCAGGGAACCAGAGCUCGUCCUUCUCGCUACUCUGAGGCCCGACCGGCCGAUUCCCGAGCAGCUCCUCCUCCUAAAGCGAAACCCCAGGAGGGGCGUCGGGAGUCCGGCUCUUCUUCCAGCAGAAGCGUCCGACCCUUGGUCUCCAUGCCCUUCAUGAAACAAGCUCUGGACUUCCACGGGACAACUCCGCCGGCGUACCCGUACUCGUGCUCUCUGUGUCAAAUCACUGUGCUGUCAGAGAGGGUUUGGAUUCAACACAUCAAUGGCACCCUGCAUGCAGACGGACAGCUCAGCCUCCUGCAGCAGUUUCCUGACUGGGACUGUCGCAUGGAAACCGUCACCAGGGAGGACGACCAAUCAAAGAGGAGGGACGAUAAGAAACCCUCCCCGCCACGGCAGACGUCCGAUCAGAGCCAAAAAUCGCAGACGAACCAGAAGCUGCAGAAGACUGCAGAUCAAGGAAAAGUGGUUUGUGUGAAGUUUCCGGCUCAGUCUGUGGACGAGACGUAUCUGAGGAAGCUGACGGAACCGUUUGGAAAGAUCCUCAAGAUCCUCAUGUUUCCGUCUUUAGCAUUCUUGGAGCUCGGCACCCUCGACCAGGCCAAAGACUUGGUGAAGUUUCAUGUCAACUAUCCCCCGACUGUGAACGGAGAGAAGAUCGAGUUCAGCAUCUCCAACACCUUCAGCUUCCUCCGGAGCUCUCAGGUGGUGAGUUUCAGUCCAGCUCCAGCCGGAGAAGACGGACGGUCAGAUCUGCUCAGCAUCGUGAAACGCUUCGGCCUGCCGCUCUACACGCUGUUUCUGCCGUCCAUGGCGUUUGUCGAGAUGAAAAAUGUUUUGGACGCUCAGAAGCUGGUUGAUUAUUAUUCGACCAACACUCUGAGGAUCAGCAGCAACUCCAUCAAAGUCUCGUUCUCCGGAGAGUUCAAGAGCCUCAUGAAUGUUCCGUCUGCAAAGAGGUACGAGGAGGAACCCCCUUCAGUCAAGAGGGCGAGAAGUUCAAGUCGAGAGAAAGACGAGAAGUCAGAGACCAAGAGGACGAGGAGGGAAUCCAGCAGAGACCGUAAGACAAGGUCCAGAUCCAGAGAAAGAUCUAAAGAAAGAUCUGGCCGACACCGGAAGAGUAGAUCCAGAUCUAGAGACAAAUCCAGCAGCACGUCCUCCAGGAAGAACAGGUCCAGAUCCAGAGACAAGUCUAGCCGAAGUAGGCGGACCAGAACAAAGUCCAGGUCCAGGUCCAGAGAUAAAUCAAGAACAAAGUCCAGUAGAGAGACCAGAUCCAAGUCCAGGGAAAAGUCAGACAGAGAGAAAAAGAGCAGAUCCAGGUCCAGAGAGAAGACCAGCAAAGAGAAACGGACCGAACCUGGGUCUGAGUCCAAGUCCAGGGACAAGUCCAGUACCGGGCCGACCGUGGAAAAGAUGGUGGAAUCAGAGUCCAGGUCUGAAGAUGAACCAGCUUCUCUUAGUGACUCCAAACCUGAAGCUACAGACACAGAACAGACAGAGGAGGAAGCAGAGGUUUCUGCAGAGGAGAGCGACAUCGAGGGGAUGGAGGUGAUCGCAGAGGACGGAGAGGAUCUGGAGGAGGAGGAAGAAGAGGAGGAGCAAGAGGAGGCUGCCGAGGAGAACGACAGUCCACAGUCACUGGAACAAGGUGAGGAGGAGGAGGAGGAGGAAGAGGAUGAAGAGAUUGAAGAUCAGGUGGAGGAGGAAGACGGUUGUGGGAUGAAGAAGGAAGAAUCAGAGGAAACAGCAGAGACUCAGGAGAAUGAGGAACCAGACUUUCCAGUAGACCUGGAGAACUGUAUUACUCUGGAUGAACUGGACGAAGACAAGUCUGAUCAAGGUAGACGAACAGGAGGUCUGGAGAUGGAAAAACAUGAUGAAACACCAGUGCAGUCCAGCAGAGUGCUUUACUUUACCAACCUGCCACCGCAAUUCUCCAACUCCGAGUUCCUCAGUCUGGUGAGAGACUUCGGGAUGGCGGUGCGCUACAUCCUGAUCCACGGCCAACAAGAGGGUUUCAUAGAGAUGUCGAGUUCAUCAGAGGCCUCAAAAGCUGCCAGAGAGCUGGCCCUCAAACCCCCCAUCAUCUUUAACAACUUCCAACCCAUCGUCAGCCUCUCCUACAAAUACGACCGGCUCAGCCAUGGGAACCCUGUACCUUUAGACAGAGGCAGCAGGAGGAGGAGCAAAUCCGGAACUUCAGAUCGGGACGAAGCCGACAAGAAAUUGAAGGGGAAGGAGUCUUUGAAGAAGUCACCAGAGAAAGAGUCGGCAUCUAAAACGACUCCAGAGAAGGAGUCAACGUCUAAAAAGACUCCAGAAGAAGAUUCAACAUCUCCAAAGAAAGAGUCAAUGUCUAGAAGGACUCCAGAAGAAAAUUCAACAUCUAGAAAGACUCCAGAGAAGGAGUCAAUGUCUAAACAGACUCCAGAAGAGUCCACGUCUAAAAAGACUCCAGAUGAAGAUUCAAGAUCUAGAAAGACUCCAGAAAAAGAGUCAACAUCUGAAAAGACACCAGAAGAGUCAACGUCUAAAAAGACUCCAGAAGAUUCAACAUGUAGAAUGACACUAGAGAAUGAUUCAACAUCUAGAAAGACUUCCGAGAACGAUUCAACAUCUAGAAAGACUCCAGAAGAAGACUCAACAUCUAGAAAGACUGCAGACAAAGAUUCAGCAUCUAUAAAGACUCCAGAGAACGAGUCAUUGAGCAAGAAAGCAGAAGAAAAGAACCUCAAAAACACAUCAGAGAAGGAUGAUGCUGGUAGAAACACUCCAGAGAAGAAAACAAGUCCAGAGAACGAGACCCAAAAAAGAGAAGAAACUCCCGAAUACGGCUCAGUGUCCCAAGAAACUAUGAAGACAGAAUCAGCAAAAGACAGAAAAGAUCUUGAGAUAAAACAGAAACCGGAAGAUGAUCAGCUGGAAGAGAAGCCAUCAGAGGCGGAUGAACCAAGAGAUAAAGAAGAAAAGACGACUGAAGUUUGUUUAGAGUCUGAAACAUCAGAGUCGAAGGUGAAGGAUUCAGAGAGUCCAGAUCCACCAGUUGGCACCGGAGAUGGUCCAAAACCUCAAGCUGAACAGGACGACGACGCUGCAGCGGAGACGGAGCGACAGUCCGAACCUGAAAAACCUGCCAAACCCGUCGGUACAGAGUUUGUGCGUCCCGUCGUCGGUUACUUCUGUAAACUCUGUCAGCUGAUCUUCGCCGACGAGGACGAAGCCAAACAACAGCACUGCAGCAGCCCGACGCACUACAGCCGAUACCAGGUCGCCAUGGAAACCAGCACAUCAGAUCACCGUAGAAACCAGAUUUAACGGCGUCAAACUGAAUCAGGUUGUUUUGUUGUUUUAGGAGCAGACAGGGAAAGAUCCCUGGACGAGCUGAAGGAGAAACUCUGCAGAAAAUCCGAAACUCUUUAAGAAGAUCUGAACUCCAACACAGCAUCUGAGGAAACAGGUUUAUUUUCUAAAACGUAAAAAUACAGCAAAUACGGAGCAAGAAAAAGACGUGACAGGAACAGUUUAAUGCAGUGAACCGGCUGGAACUACUUCCUCACUGUAUCUAUCCACCCUGCAGGCGGAGGGAUACAGUUUGUCAAGAAAUAGGGCCGCAACAUCUCAUUUUGUCCUAAGAUUUUCAGUUUUCUGUCAUGAAGGGGGGGAAAAAACCCAAAAUAUUCAAAAGGUUGCAGCUCCAGAUGGUUCACUGCUGGACAUUUUUGAGACAAAACAGUAAAAAUAAUUGUCACUUUUAGUCCUGAAGUUGACUAAUAGAACUAGACUAAUAGUAGUUUCAUGACUUUGUGGAUGAACCGAUCAGCUAUUUGGUCUCUAAAAGUCUCAUUUUGUCCAAAGAUGUUCAGUUUGCCGUUAUAGACGAAAGAAGCCAGAAGACAUUCACAUUUAUCAAAACAGGUUUGUUCAAAACAAAACAAUCAGCUUCACUCGCAGGUAAACGUUAUUUAAGCUGGGACUAUUUCUCCAAAGAGCGUAUCCUUCCACCUUCCAAUAGGGGCCUUAAAGUCGCCCUAUGGCCUGGUGGAAGGCGGAAGGAUACGCUGUCAAAGAAGUAGUCCCACAGACGUGUUAGCUGCUCUCAGGCUUCAUGCUAAGCUACGCUAACCUCCUGUCAUCACGGCGUUUAGUUCCUUGUUGAUCAAUUAUUGAUCCGAAACCCAAACCAAACCACUUUUGGGUUUUUUUUGUUCUUUUUUUUUUUUUAACAUUCGUCAAACUAAACGAGGCCUGAAAGUUUAUUUUUACCGACAAAAGUAUCGAUGACGUAAAAGUCAGUCAAGUUUCAUUUAACAGCAAAUAUUGGUGCCGAUUCUUUUGUGGAUUAAUAGUGUUUUUUUGAUUUUUUUUUUUUUUUUUUGGUGUGAAAAAAUGUUUUAAAGACAAAAUAAUCAAAAACAUAAAUAUUCGCUCUGCAGAAGCUACAGCCGACGAACCGUCUCUAAAUACUGAUCGCUAGUUUGGACUUUUUGUUGCUCUGAUUGAUCAGUAUUAUACCUGAUAAUCGAUUGCUGUAGAGACGGGAGGAUUUAAUUUUUUGUUUUUUUCUCCCAAACGGCUGCUUUUGUUUACGACUUUGAGUCUGAGAUCAGUUUGAAUUUUAUUGUGAAAUAAAAAGUUGCCUUGUCACGCCGUCGUCUUCCUUCCCUUCUUCUUCUCCAACUUGGUUUGUUCCUUCUCCAGGUAUUUCUGAAACGACAUGUUUAUUUGUCAGUUUGUUUUAUUUAUUUUGCUGGUUUUCAUUUUGUAAAUAAUUUAAACGUUGGUAAACAGAUCAUGUGACUCCAUCUGUUCGAACAUGUUUCUGUGUUUUUUUCACCAAAUAAAGAAACAGAAGAAGAA